AAAAGAUUGAAAUACAGCAGAUCGACACCUGAACAAGAUAAUUUCUUAUUGACUGGACUGCUCUGAUUCUGCAGGGAACCUCGUUUGCUGUCACGAUAUUAUCGUGCACAUACACUCUCCUUCUUUUUUUCUUUCCUCUUUAAACUCUUUCUCAUAGUUGGAUUGAGUUUAUCCUAUUACUUAUUAUUCACAGUUUAUAUUGUUAAUCUCGGUUGAUCGCUUAACUUCGACAUAGUUUAUAUCAUAGUUAUAUAAACGGAGGUUCCUUUGUACUCCGUGGUGCAUUUUAGAUAUCACCACAACCUCUCUGUGAACCACCCCACAUUCCCGUUGUCUACUUCGAGGCGGCCCCCAAGGAAAUAUUCCUUCCUCGGCAACACGACGCGUAAAGAGGAAGAGACAAAAAAGACAAUUAUUUCCAAUUCCUUGAACCCCUGCCCCACCAAUCAAUUCCCCGACGAACGGUGUCAAGACUGUGGAUUUUGCCUGUCACAGUUUUACUCGUUUCUGGUCGCAGCGAAUUUAGUCGAAUAUUAGUACUUUUCAAAAAGCCGUACGAGAUCACCAUAAUUCGAUAACUAUGUCGGUUGGAGUCGAGCAGCUAGUCGACCCAUCGUCCGACUAUGUGUUUGAGGAAGAGAUUCGUACUCCUUCUAUCGCACCGUCCCUGACGUAUUCUGAAGACUCUGAAGAUCAAGAUGAACCCCAGGCACCAGAGGAAACUUCUCGAAGGCGACGUGCUUCUACAAGGCUAAUUGCACAGAGCCCAGCAGACGUGCAGAGGAUUACGGGAGAAUCUACGCAGCAACUACUCAACCGAUGCUGUGGUGGUGGAUGCUGUAUGAACGCACAGAAGAAAGAGCAAGGAGUCGAAUAUGAACGAGUUCCACUACCCGACAAUGACGCUUUCCGAUCUCUAGGCCUAAAGAUCGAUGAGAUACCUACUACCCUAACUAAGGUUGCGGACAUGCCUGAGCAGGUCACUUUCCUUCAGUCCAUUAGACGUGUCUCGAAUACCCCGUCGCCAACUGACUCGGCUGUGUCUUUCGGAAGUCAAGAUAGCUCUCCCACCCUUGAGACUAAACUCCAAAACCUUAGCCUCGAGAACCUCGAUACAUCCAUCCAACCUCCUUCUUUCGUCCAGCCUCAUCAUCCUUUCAAUGUCUUCCCUGCGAAAAUCCACAGUACCCGUGAACUGACGCGCCCCGGAGCUGAGAAGCGGACGUAUCACUUUGAUCUUGAUAUUACCGACUAUCCCCAUGGAGAAGGCGUCGACUUCAAGGUUGGGGGUGCCAUUGGCGUCUCUGCUCCGAACGAUACAGCUGCCGUGGACCAGGUCUUCGACUUGCUUUUGGUUCCGCGUUACUUGCGGGAUAAGCCUGUUCUACUACGCACUACCCGUGGCCGAUGGCCCACUGUUUGGGGCGAAGACAAGGCUCGCGAGCUAGUUACCACCCGACGGGAUUUACUGACAUGGUGUUCCGAUAUCCAAUCUUACCCGCCCACCAAGUCGCUGCUGCGAGUUCUAGCUGAACACGCUCUCGACCCCAACGAGAAGAAGAUACUCAUGUUCCUCUGUUCUAGCCAGGGGCAGGGCGUUUUUUGCGACUUCCGCACUGGCCCUCACAUCUCUCUUAGCCAGCUCUUGAGUGCUUUCCCCUCCGCUAAGCCACCUCUAGAUUUGUUGUUCUCGGUACUCCAACAACUGAUGCCACGGUUUUACUCCCUUUCCAACGACCCACACGAGUCCUACGGAAUCAGGGAUGGAAAGCAACACCGCCUUAUUGAAAUAGCUGUCACGGUUCAAGAGACUCCUGACUGGCGAGCGGGUACUCGAACUGGCGUUGGUUCUGGUUUCUUCGAACGUCAAUGUCGGAAAUUUUUAGAGCUCCAACGUGCGGGUGACAGCGCUCCUCAGCUAUAUAUCCCGAUGUUCAAGGGGCUUAUGGCGAACCCGUUAGCCAAGGAAUUUGUGUCAGAUGGGCCGAUGCUCCUUAUUGGGGCUGGCGUCGGCAUUGCACCAUUCCGUGGUUUUGUCCAGCACCGGUUGAAGAAUGCCAACUGUGCGAACAAGGUAUGGGUCCUGCAGGGAGUCCGAGAUGCCCUUGUGGAUGAGCUAUACGGUGGAGAAUGGGGUGUUCACGAGGAAAGAGUGAAGAAGGUUGUGCAGAGUCGACGCGGCGAGAGCCGUUAUGUCCAAGACGAGGUCAGCCAUCAAGCAGACCUUGUAUGGUCGAUCAUCAACUCGGUUGACGGACGCGUCUUCGUUUGCGGCAGCUCCAAGGGCAUGGGAGAAGGUGUCGAAGAGGCGCUUAUCAAGGUGGCUGUGAAGAAGGGCAACUUGAAAUAUGAGGAGGCCAAGAAAUUCUGGGACUUAAAGAGAGAAGUCGGACAAUACAUCACUGAGACAUGGUAACGACAGUGUUCCGCUGUCUUCCAACUGUCUAGACUGGGAGGGUGGACCUAUAAUGGGGAUAGACAUAUGGUCACUCGGCUGGUCUCAUAAAAUUCGGGGGACUACAAAAGUCUGUUUUUAUUAUUCAUAGCAUGCGGCGUUAUAAAAUGCCUAGAGGCUGGGCGUUUGCGCAAGCUAGGCAGGGCAGGGCAAGGCAGGUCAGGUUAGGUUAGGUCAGGUUCGAUUUACAGAGGGAGGGUAUUUCUUUUUCAAGUUGGCGGCUUGGAAGCCUGCAUGAGAGGAUGCCAGGACCUCCGUGUGUACCUAAGAUAAAAGCUGCAAGGCAAUGCGAUGCUUUACGCGAUGCAUUACAUGAUGCCUUUUCUGCCAAUGAAGGGUGAAACUGUACAUAAAGUUAUAUCGAGUACAUAGAUGAGUAAAUCACAAUAUCAACCAAGAUCUAAUGUGUA